ACCCUCCCACAUACCACAGCACUCAUUACUCCACACGACAGCAAUGCUCCUUUCUCUAAGGUCCCGCUCCUUACUCUUGCCUCCGUUUAGUGCACAUGUCGGCCCGGUUCGAAAGCUCGCUUCUUCUACUAGGAGGCUGGCCACUACUACACCCAAACCCACUCGCAUUGAAAUGGAGAUAGAGAUUCAUGAGUACAAGGAAGAUUUCCACGAUUUCGUUGCUGGAAUAGCAGAAACCCUUGAAGCCAAUAGGGAGGACAGCAGGUUUGACUGUCUGCGUCAGGAUUUCUGGCAAAAACAGCGUGCGAAGCUGCGCAAGGAGAAGUCGGAGAUCAGGGUGGAAAUCGAGGGUCUGAGGGUAGGCUCUUCGCUCUCAGCCACCGCAAUAUUUCUGACGUCCUUCUGCAUAGUUUGAGCUUUGGGCCGAGAUAAAAGAAAAGAUGAAAUUCAUGGGGGAGUUUAACAUUCUUGGGGCCUUAAGUAUGCCCACAAAAUCGAGUGGUUUGGAGCGCUUAAUAACCUGAUGCAUCAGAAUAUAUCGUUUACACCGCGCGACUCAACAAAAUGAUCGCAUCAUCCGUAGGUGUGCAAAGCGGAUUGAUUGAGCUCGCCGGCAAGGAGGAAUUUAUAAGGAUUGUUCAGCAGGAAGUUCGAGACCGUGGGCUGAACCUCGAGGAUGUGAUAGCUUGCGUCCCAGGCAUCUAUGAUGAAGUAUGCAACCGCCCGCAUGAUAACUAUUGCAUGGUUGUUCUCUGGGCACUGGAAUAUACACCGAACCAGGUAGCCGCCCUUGUAGGCUUCCUAAAGAUGCAGAGUGAAUGGCCUUAUUCAUUGGACUGGCGAGAGGAUGAGGACGGGAAUCCUCGGGAUCCAUGCUGGUGCUGUCCUCCCAAGCCCGAAUAUAUUAAGUAGUUCUACGGCAACGGCUUUCUGGGAGGUGCAUCAGAGCCAAACAUGUUGGAUUGCCUUUAACACGCGGGUAGAAUAAAGGCCCGCUAUAGGGGAUGUACUUAUGAGACCAUUUUUGUAAAUUGAGAUUGGUCCUUGUCUGUAUGCGCACUGGAAGUCUUACUUUCCGGCCGUGGGUCGUAUGUUGAUGCUCGCUCUCUUUCUG